AUGUACAGCGUGGAGGACCUACUCAUCUCCCAUGGUUACAAACUGCCCAAGAGCGGCCCCGCCUCCGCCCCGCCCUACGACAAGCGCCCGUCCGACUGCCAGCGCGAGCCCGGGGAGUCCAGCGCCCCCCUCAGGCCGGGCAGGGGGGCCCUCAACGGGUACGAGGGCGAGCGGGCCGCCUCCUCCCUCACCGGGCUCUACGGGGCGAGGCAGGCGCUGGUGAAGGCGUACCCGGGGGCGGAGAGCGAGGGGCCCGACCGGAUCCUGAGGAGGAAGGACAUGGCCGUGGGGGUGCUCCAGGACGGGCAGGUGGUGGACUCUCUGGCCGUGGACAGUGGGUUCUACGACGUCCCCAGCCUGACCUACUCGGACCCCCUGAGCCUGGUGAGCCUGGGCCACGACGACCGGGACCUGUCGUACUGGAGGAGGCGCGGCCAGGACUUCAGUCUGCUCUUGGACUACGCGGACGGGAGGGAGCUCAGGGCCUCGACCACCGCGUGGAGACCCCAAGCCCUUCUGACCGCGGAGGAGCUGAGAGCGGAGAGGCAGGCGCAGCAGCUGUGGGAGGACCUGUCCUGGCUACGGGACCCCGACUCCGGCCCCGGACAGCUCAGGGUCACCGAGGAGGAGCGGAAGUGCCAGAGUUUGGGGAACGAGGAGUGGAGGCCUGCAGCGUUAGGGAGGUCGGACAGUGACGAUAGGUGGGCGCUAGACCCGUACAGACUAAGGACGCCGGAUGGCUUCUUUCACGCCAAAACGAAAGCGAAGUCGCAGUCCCUCCCGAGAGUCCUUUCGCCGGAGGGAAACACGUGUCGAGAGCUUGUGCCUUCGCGGCCGAGUUUACCGGACAGACAGAGGAUGAGCAGUACUGUUUUCUCUGGGCCUUACAGCAGGUACGUCUACGGUGCUGGCAGAGAGCGGUGGGGAAGGAGCUCGGGACCGGCCAGCCAUGUUGCACUUUUACCAAAGCCCAGGUUCAGCAGACCCCUGAAGCCUCCAUCUUACGAGAUACACCAGCAGACGAGGGGUAGCGCCGAAAUGCUUACUCUAGAACAAGGGGCGAAACAAAAAGACAGGCUAGCGUACUAUUCGAGAAGCGGGGAUUUCAGGCAAGAGUACUACGCACAGCAAGCUGCCAUAACAGGAAUGGAGCCACCGGGCUACAUACCACCCCCUUCUUACAAGAGACCUCUGCCCCCGAGAGCCGUUUCAAUGAAUCGUCACGAAAUGGCCAACUUAAGAUGGAGAGCGGACACUUUGCAAAUGCCGAACUCAGACCCAGGAAGGUGGCUGACGAGGCAAACGCGAUCUUGGGUUGGCUACUACGCCGACCGCGCGUCAAGCUACCGCAGGCAGAUCUCCGUACCGCCGGGAAACGAGGAACACAUGAUCCACCAACCGGACCAACAACGCCAAUUUCUACCGAUAACUAGCGGCGAAGACCCAAAACCUAAACCAAUCUCAGGAGGGCAAAGCGGAAGUAUGCUCACUGACUCUGAGAAAGCAGUCAGAAGUGCCACCACCAUCAAAGACAUCCCUUCCGCCAAAUCGUUAGGACAAUCUACCCUUGAUAGUGCCUUUCCUCCGCAGCAGGUGCCAGCUAUAAUGCCCGUAGAAAGCCGGAAAACUGCUACGACAGAGACUGAGAGUUGCAUCGCUAGUAGAUCUUUCGUCAGGGGAAUGAGAAAAAGUGAAAGCGUUGGUCCCGAACAAACUCGUAGCCAAUUUUUUCCAUCCUCCAUUUUGGGUAAACCACCGCCUCCUCCGGUUAAGCCCCCACCUGAGCAGGCCGUCGCGGAAACGAUGACCGAAACGAAGAAAGUUGAAGUUCCUGAACCUUUGCCGCCCGAGAAACCGGAAAAGGAGAAAGAAAAGACGAAGAAUUUGAAAAAGAGACUAAGCGAAACCAUUUUUUGUUUGGUGUCCGUACCGGUCACGCCACAGCCAACAAUGACCAUUCGCGAUCAGAAUAACAAUAACGAAAAAUCGCCCGAUCCUGCCGACAGCCCCACGAACAACAAAACAGGCCAUUUGACAAACCAAAGUCUCCAAAGCACAUCUUCAGCAGAGGCGGAACUCCAGGCGUUAACAGCGAGUUUCGCCAGCAGCAAAACAAGCAGCAGGUCGAGCAGUAAAAUGUUCAAAAAGGUUUCAUGCCGACCGCCAAAAAUCAACCAUUAUAAGGAGUUGAAGUUGACCGGGGCGUGGCCGGCGAAUCAGUACAGAGAUCAGGAAACGCAAACGACUCCCGAAGUGGAAAUACCGGAAAACAAGGAAGCACAAGUCGACGGGAGCGGGAACGUCAUCGAUCACAACGCGGUAGGGACGGCGUUUACGUUUCCGAUGAAGGGAGUCAAAAGUCUGAAACUGUCGAGCAACAGCGCGUUUUCGAUCACCGCGACGUUUUCGAACCAGAUAAGCCAGGGUACCGCCUCAGGAAACGUGGACGAGCCAGAAGCCGAGGAGGAGGAUAGCGAGAAAGAGGGGUUCGAUCCGUAUAUUAUUAAACCUGCCAGUCAGCGCGCUUGGGACGCUGUGAAGGAAUUAGAAGCGAUUAAAAAGGAAGUUCAGGAGCAGGAGCAGCAACAACAGCACAAACAACCCAGUGUAGAUAAGUGUAUAGAGGAUCUGAACGAAGCUUACAAGGAUAUUUUAGAGCUAGGAACUGCCGGUAACAAGGUCCCAAACGGUUCGGUCCAAAUCCCAGAACGCAUCAAAAUCCGGCUGACGUCAGAACCGCUGAACAAACCCAGCAGCUUGCGGCGUAGCGCGGUGAGCUGGUCGGUAGAUCCGGAGUACAGGGAAGUGAAAAGCGCGUUCUCGAGACCCGCUACGAAGUCGGUAACGUUCAGCAAGCAGUUGAGAGAGGAGCUGCCCGUGCCUCCCAGAGAAACGGGCUUCAGAGAAUACAGGGUAGUCGCGCAUUUGUCGAGAAGGAGAAGCAACGACGGCAGGACGGUGAAGCUGGAUUUGUCGGACGAGCCGAUAGAAACGCCGCUCUGCGAUUUCAGCCCCACGACGUUAAACACUGCCGCAGAAGUGCCGUGGGCAGACAGGCAGCCGAUGCAAGACGCCUCCACGCUGACGAGCCCUCCCGAUUACGAAGACAUUUGCCAGACUCUGAGGCAAACCAGAGACCCGGCGGACGCGAGCAGAGGCGGGUCCAGGCCGAACGAGGAAAUGAUGCAGGACAUGGGGGCGGAUUCGGAGGAGGAGUGUCCGAUUUGUAAGAGAGAAAUGGAAAAUCAGAUGAGACAAGGACCACUACCUCCGCUUCACGAAGAGAACAGCUCGGACAGUUCCGCGAACCAAAACGCGAGUCCGCCGCAACGGGCCGCGUUGGAAAGCCCGCCGGAAGACGUCAAGGCAAAGGGAGACAGCGAUUUAGACAAGAAAGGAUCAGGCGAAGAGGUGAAAGAGGAGAGUUUAAGUAGCGCGGACGAUACGAAUGAUAGAAAAGACACAGAGCAAGCAGGAAACUCGAACGAAAUCGGUGUAAAUACGGACGUUGAAAGCCAGACUGAAGAGAUUAAAGACAGCGAGACAACUUUAGCGAGUGAUGUGCCUACAGACAGUCAAGUCUCAGAAGGACAGAAAGAUGGUAGUAAGGAAGACGCGAAGGAACAAGCAGUAGAAAUUGAAGCUAAAGCAGGUGUUUCAGAUGUUUCGGAAAGCGUUGAGAGCAAAGAGAGAUUGGUCAAGCUGAACGAUGAAUGUAAAAAUGAGCCGACGAAGGUUGAGGAGCAAGAAAAGAAGCCAUUAGUCUCCCCGGAGCAUAGACUAAGUUUAUGGACUCAAUUGGGACGCGAUCCUGCAGGGUUACCGGAGUUCCCCCCGGACAGGCUGCCUCUUUCCGUACCCCCGACUUUGGACCGAAGGCUGUCUCUGAGUUUGGAGGGGGAGCGAAAGAGCAGAGGACUGUCGCAUCGCAUCGAAGCCUUGCAGAACAAGCUGGCGAUCUCUCCCGGGCGAGUGGCGGUGGAGCGUAUCUCUCGCAUGCGGGAGGUGGACGUUAUUUGCAGGGUACGGAGACUGAGCAUCAGGAGUACGGACUCUGGGGAGGGGGACACGGAAGCGGAGAGUAAAAAGGAGGAACUGUUAGAACCUCCGGAGCAGAAGGAGAAGGACAAUACAGACACUGGGAAGGAGGAAGAGGAGGUCGUCCAAUCACAAAAAGACCCCGAAGAGACGGGAACGCGAGACAAGGAGGAGCCAUCUUCAUCAGAACCCAUAGACCCCAGCCCAGUGGAGCCGGAGUGA